AUGCGUCUCCAGACAGGCGCAUCAGUUGCGGCCCUGGUGGGUGCUGCCAAUGCCAAAUCUCUUACCGAUUUGUGCACGGUGUCCUACAUCAAGUCCGCUCUGCCCUCGAACGGCACUCUGUCGGGCAUCAACUUGAUCCCGUCCGCUUCUACCGCGAACGUGGUUUACAAUGCUAGCGCCAGCGCUCAAGUUGGCGCUACUACCACCAGCGACAAGACCCACAACUACUGCAACGUAACCCUGACCUACGUUCACCCCGGUAAGAGCGCGAAUAUCGUCGUCAAGUACGGUUUCCCAUCGCCCUCCGACUUCAAGAAGCGCUUCUACGUCGCUGGUGGUGGUGGCUACUCCUUGAACACCGAUUCUACCGGUGGUCUCGAAUAUGGUGCUGUCGGUGCUGCCACAUCUGCUGGCUACGACGCCUUGAACGGCAUUGCCCUCGACGACGUCUUCUUAACCGGCAAUGGCUCCAUCAACUGGGACAAUACCUACAUGUUCGCCUACCACGGUCUGGGUGAGAUGACCCAGCUUGGAAAGUAUGUCACAAAGGGCUUCUACGGAAUGUCCUCCGAUUCGAAGCUCUACACCUACUUCGAGGGAUGCUCCGAUGGUGGACGUGAAGGUAUGUCCCAGAUCCAGCGCUACGGCGAGGAGUACGAUGGUGCCAUCACCGGUGCCCCUGCCUUCCGUUACGGCCAACAGCAAGUCAAUCACGUCUUCCCUGCCACGGUUGAGAAGACACUCGCCUACUACCCUCCUCCCUGUGAGCUUUCCAAGAUUGUGAAUGCUACCAUCAAGGCUUGCGACCCUCUCGAUGGCCGGACCGACGGUGUCAUCUCUCGAACCGACCUGUGCAAGCUCAACUUCAACUUAGCCUCUAUCAUCGGCGAGAAGUACCACUGUGCUGCCGAAACUGCUACUUCUCUUGGUUUUGGUUUUAGCAAACGCCAGGCUGCGGGCAGCUCUUCUAGCUACCAGCCCACCCAGAGCGGUACCGUCUCCGCUGAGGGUGUGGCCGUUGCCCAGGCUAUCCUCGAUGGUCUGCACAACACCAAGGGCGAGCAAGCCUACUUGUCAUGGCAGAUUGGUGCCGAGUUUUCAGAUGCCGAGACUGAGUGGAACAACAACACCCAGAAGUGGGAGCUGGACAUUCCGUCGACUGGGGGUGAGUUCGUCACCAAGUUCGUCGAGCUCAUUGACCUGGCCAACCUGUCCAAUCUGGACGGCGUGACCUACGACACCUUGGUCGACUGGAUGGAUACCGCCAUGGUUCGCUACAUGGACAGCCUGCAGACGACCCUGCCGGACCUGACCCCCUUCCAGUCCAGCGGCGGUAAGCUUAUCCACUACCAUGGCGAGUCUGACCCCAGCGUUCCCACCGGCUCGUCAGUCCACUACUGGCAGUCCGUUAAGUCGAUCAUGUACCCCGGUCUCUCGGAGAAGCAGGCGGUUUCUAAGCUCUCAGACUGGUACCAGUUCUACCUCAUUCCCGGUGCUGCUCACUGCGGAACCAACGCCCUGCAGCCCGGCCCUUAUCCCGAGGACAACAUGCAGACCAUGAUCAACUGGGUCGAGAACGGUGUCAAUCCCAGCCGUCUCAACGCUACUGUCCUCUCUGGCCACUAUGAGGGUGAGGUCCAGAAGCUUUGCCAGUGGCCCACUCGUCCUCUCUGGCGCAACACCACCACCUUCGACUGUGUCUAUGACAAGAGGUCGUAUGACAGCUGGACUUAUGAGUUCCCUGCUUUCAAGCUCCCUGUCUAUUGA